AAGUAAACUGGCCAUUCUGAGACUUUUCCUGGAAUUGUUCCAGUUUUGAUCUCUGUGCCUCAGGGAAGAUGGACUUGACUUGAAGUCAACACAGCAAAUAUCUCUAAAUUAAUUCCAGGAAUGAAAAAAGACAGAAUAAACAAUACCUUUUAUUAUAAACACAAGAGAUUCUGCAGAUGCUCGAAUUUUUGAGCAAAACACUCAAAAUGCUGGUGGAACUCAGCAAGUCAGGCUGCUUCUGUGGAAGGGAAUAAGCAAUGUUCCUGGCCAAGAUGAAGGGUCUUGAAUGGAAACAUUGGCCAUCCAUUCUUUGUGUGUUUUGCCUUUGAUGAUCCUGAUUAUGAUCCACAUAUAGAUUUAAAAGUUUGCAAUGUUACUUGUUAUGCACAUUGCUUUUACUUACAUAUCAGUGCUUAGUAGUCUCAAAUUCUGCAACAUCCACAUGCUAAGUUCAACUGAUAGUUUAUGACUUUCUUCAACUUGCUGAACAAUAGAUUUAUUGUGUAUCUCUAAUGUAAGAAAAUGUCCAAGGGAUGUCACAGGAAUGUAAAUCAGACACAAAUUUGCAUGAAAGCGAAAGACAAGAUUUUGGAGGAACUCAAUGGGUCAAGCAACAUCUAUGAAUGAAUUUAGCAGUCUUUUUUUUCUGCUCCAGAUUACAGCAACUGUAAUCUCUCGUGUCUCCAAAAAAUUACAUUAAAUCAUGUUAACAAAAAUAAGGAAAGGUGACUAAAAUCUUGAUCACGCAAAUAGGUUUUGAUGCAAGGAGUGAGAGGUGGAGAGACAGAAAUGUUUAUUAAGGCCAUUUCAGGGCUUGGAGUCUAUAUAUCUAGGCCUAUGUUUAGCACUUGUGAGCAACUUAACCAGGAGUAUCCAAUAUACCAAAGCUACAGGAAAAGAGUUUUCAAGGCUCAUUAGCUAGGACAAUGUUAUAGAAAUAGAUAGCAGCAAGACCAUGGAAGAUCAAUGUUCAAAGUGACAUUAGGACAGGUACAACAUAAAUACUGGGAUCCACUAUAUAGCUACAGUAGUACAUAUGGAAACCAGCCACAUUUUGGGAAUUCACAUUUUCCAUUUGGGAUAUUGACAGCACUAAUUCCUGUCAGAAAAACAUCAAAGUUCAAAGAAAUAAAAGAAUUGACAGGUUAACAAGUUACAGGAGGACUGUUAGUAGCUGUACAUUUGCGGACAAAAGCUAAAGUCAAUGUGUGCAGAUAACAUCGUUUUAACAAAUAUAUUCUUUCGUACAAAGUGCAUUUCAUUAUGUCAGUGACCCAAAUCCAGCUAACCACACAAACAUUUGUGAUCACUACAUAAGCCUCUAGCUGUAAACAUUAGUGCCCUUUAUUGUAGAAUGGGAAGAAUUGUGUAAAGGAAAAAUGACUAUACCGGAGAAGGAAACAUCAAACCAUCCCAAGUAUUUGAAGGGCAUCUGCGUACUGUCAAUGAUCCAGCCUCCCCUCGUCUUUAGGGAAUACUUGGCAAAUGUGGCGAGGAAAAUGUGCUGCCUAAACACUGGACAAAGAUUCUUCAGAUGCUGGAAAUCUUCACAUACACAAAUGCUGAAGCAACUCAACACGUACUCAAGGGAUUCUGCAAAUUCUGGAAAUCCAGUGUAACACGCACAAAACACUGGAGGAACUCAACAGGUCAGGCAGCGUUAAUGGAUGAAAGGUCUCGCCCGAAAUGGCACAGACGCUGCCCGACUUGCCGAUCUCCUCCGACAUUUUGAGUGCAUAUCCAUGGAGGGGAAUAAACAAUCGAUCUUUUCGGGUGUGCAUGCAGCAGAAGAGAUUCUGCAGACGCUGCAAAUAUUGAGCAACACGCACGUUACUCUGCAAUGCCACAUCAGUGUUGAGAUUCUUUCCGUGAACGUGUCCGCCCACUCUAGGGUGGCGGUGAAAUAGACAGCGCGCUGCGCCUGGAGGGUUAACUGGGAAAAGAGAUGCGAUCAGUCCCGUUGUUGGGGAGCCCGCGGACGAUGCUGCGGUGUACGAUCCCCGCGCUUCUGGCAGCACUGAUCUCCAUUUCCAGUUGCUCCGCCAGGUCUGACUGCAUAGUGGACAACUUCCAAGUGAAGGAAAACUUCAACCAGACCCGGUACGCAGGAAAAUGGUACGCCUUCGCAAAGAAAGAUCCCGAGGGUCUGUUCCUCGAGAAGGACAUUCACGCCGACUUCAAGAUCGAAAAUAGGACCAUGAUUGCCAAAGCGACCGGUCUGGUCUCUUUACUACCGGAUUGGAUUGUGUGCGCCGAAAUGAUGGGAACCUUCAACAACACGGCCAACUCUGCCAAAUUCAAACUGAAGUACUGGGGAGCAGCCGAGUACCUCCAGAAAGGCAUUGAUGAUCACUGGAUUAUAGACACAGAUUAUGAUAAUUAUGCCAUUACAUAUACAUGCCGAAAGCUGUAUGAAAAUAGGACAUGUGCGGACAGCUAUUCAUUCGUCUUCUCACGCAGACCAGAAGGACUGACCACUGAAUCACAGCGCAUUGUCAGAAAAUGGCAGGAGCAUCUCUGCCUGGCAUUCAAAUACAAGCGUGUUCCUCAAACAGGUUCAUGCCCAUAGAUCCACUGGAAUAAUACCACCUUGGCAAUGUUCAUGGCUGUGAGGAUUGGUCUGGAGCACUACACCUGGAUCAGGUUCAGUCACAAUGUCAAUAUACUGUAUUUUUCUAAGCUUAACAUUUUAAGUGCAAGUGGAUUUCCAGUCAUGCAUUGCUUUUUAUUAUAUAUCAAAUAAAGUUAUGA